CCCUAAUUCAGUCUGGAGCUGGAUUGUCAGUGCAGGAGCUGAUGUAAGUCUUGAUCCCAAGACCAUCAACCCUUGGCUGCAGCUCUCUGAUGACCACAAGAAGGUUCAGGAGGGUCUAACAGAGGCUGAUCUGCCAUAUAGCCCUCAGCGUUUUGAUAGCUUGCCUUGCGUCCUAGGCUGGGAGGGCUACAUGAAUGGUCGCCAUUACUGGGAAGUGGAAUUUGCAAACAAUGGUUAUUGGAAAGUUGGAGUGACAACUGCUACUUCAAAGAGGCAUGGCCGCUUUCCAAUGAAUCCCUCUAAUGGUUAUUGGGUCCUAUGGCGCAGCACACGACAGUUCUUCGCCUGCACCAAUCCUGAAACGGCCCUGCCACUGCUGCUGGUGCCCCGGAAAAUGGGAAUAUACAUUGAUUAUGAGGAGGGACAGAUUUCUUUCUACAACGCGGAGAACAAAUCACACAUCUUCAUCUUCACAGGACACUUUUGUGAGAAGCUGUACCCUUUCUUUGCCGUGAUGGAUGGCAGGUCCCUUAUAACCGUAUGGUCUCCUACUGAGCAAAGCCGCUUUUAACAAGGCAGGCUUUCAACUUUCAUUCUGCACUUUCAUUUAAACAUUUAUAACUGGACAAAUGAUUCACUGGAACUAAAUCUACUGUCAACUAAAAAGCAACUCCUAAUAGCUACCUUUCCAUUCAGAGGAUUCAACACCAUGGUGGGCUGGACCCACUUAAUGAGUGCUAUCAAAAUACACAACUAAUACACAGCUUCCUAUUAUUAUUUACAAUUUAAAUGCAGCCUCAACAUGAUUGCUACACCUAUGUAUCUCUUUAUCCAUUUAUAAAUUAGCUCAAUAAUUAUAUACAUAUGUCUAAGCUUGUCUGUUUUCAUGUGUAUAAGUAAUAGUAUGUGUUUUGACACAAAUAUUUAAUAAAAUUUCAUUAUUUAUCCAUGCAUAUAUUUCUCUG